GGAUCUCCGCUCCGCUCCUACGUCUGUCAAGGAGAGGGAGACGCCGCUGCGAGAGAUAAAGUAAAAGGCGAGCGGCGGGACCGGGGACAGACUCGACAGCUACCGCGAUGGGAAGCAGCUCCCCGCAGCACCGGCAACGCCGACCCAGCUAGAGCCGGGGCCCGGGGGUGGGGGGGGGCACGGCGGCGGCCCCGGGAGCCCGGCCCGCCGAGGGGCAGCGGGGCAGGCGGCGGCCGCCGGCUUCUCUUUCUCGCAGCCACCGAGCUUAGAUCGCUUCCACCCGCCCCCCCCUCCCACCCCAUCCCGCCUCCCUGCGGGUCCCCCCCCCCCGCCCGACCCUCCGCCUCUCGCUCGCCUUCUGCAGCCGAGCUCGGAUUUAGGGAUAAAGUGGGAGGAGGAGGAGGGAAAGGCGGCGGAGGCGGCGGCGGCGGCAGGGGGGGGGGGGUCGCUUCCAUUUGUUUAUCCACGGAGCGUUGAAGUCUCCCGGUGGAAAGAAACCCCGCCGGGGGGCCGGGAGGAGGCCGGCGGUGUGUGCGGGGGGGGGGGGUGGGGGUGUGUGAGUGGCGGCGAGCCCCCAGCAGCGUGGCCUUUUGGGGGGGCGCGGGGGGGAGGGUGGCGGAGGAGGGCCGGGGCUGGCCGCCGCGGACCUGGCCGUAGAUGACUGCAGAAGCGCAGCAGGCUCUGUCCUCUCAGCCCCCUCCUCCUCCGGUGCAGAGCAGCUACGGCCCCAUGUCCUCCGUGGCCGAGAAGCAGCCGCAGAGCUCGGCCAUGGACGCCGCCUCCGCCGCGCCCGGCGGGACGGGCGGCAGCGCCCCGGGCAGCGGCGGGGCCCCGGGCAGCGGCGCUCCCAAGGCGAAGAAAACCAACGCUGGGAUCCGGCGGCCGGAAAAACCGCCUUAUUCCUACAUCGCCCUCAUCGUCAUGGCCAUCCAGAGCUCGCCCUCCAAACGCCUGACCCUCAGCGAGAUCUACCAGUUCUUGCAGAGCCGUUUUCCCUUUUUCCGAGGUUCCUACCAGGGCUGGAAAAACUCGGUGCGCCACAACCUCUCGCUCAACGAGUGUUUCAUCAAGCUGCCCAAGGGGCUGGGACGGCCGGGCAAGGGCCACUACUGGACCAUCGACCCGGCCAGCGAGUUCAUGUUCGAGGAGGGCUCCUUUCGCCGCCGACCCCGCGGUUUCAGGAGGAAAUGCCAGGCGCUGAAGCCCAUGUAUAGCAUGAUGAACGGGCUCAGCUUCAACCACCUCCCCGAGAGCUACGGCUUCCAGGGCUCGGCCGGCGGGCUCUCCUGCCCCCCCAACAGCCUCUCCCUCGAAGGGGGCUUGGGGAUGAUGAACGGCCAUUUGUCCGGUAACGUGGAGGGGAUGGGCUUGGCGGGACACUCCGUGCCCCACCUGCCCGCCAACGGUGGGCACUCCUACAUGGGCAGCUGUACCGGCUCCUCGGCGGGGGAUUACCCGCACCACGAGAGCUCCGUGCCCGCCUCCCCGCUGCUCGCCGGCGGCGGCGUGAUGGAGCCCCACUCGGUUUACUCCAGCUCGGCCUCGGCGUGGGCUCCCUCCGCCUCGGCGGCCUUGAACACCGGCGCGUCCUACAUCAAGCAGCAGCCCCUCUCGCCCUGCAACCCCACGGCCAACCCGCUCUCCUCCAGCCUUUCCACGCAUUCCCUCGACCAGUCCUACCUGCACCAGAACAGCCACAACACCGCCGAGCUGCAAGGCAUCCCGCGGUAUCACUCCCAGUCUCCGAGCAUGUGCGACAGAAAGGAAUUCGUCUUCUCUUUCAACGCCAUGGCCUCCUCCUCCAUGCAUUCGGCGGGCAGCGGCUCCUAUUACCACCAACAAGUGACAUACCAGGACAUCAAGCCGUGCGUUAUGUGAUACGGGGCGGAAAAAACACCUCCUGGGGCCGGCAAAGGCCUGACCCGGGCACCGAGCCCCCCUCCCCAGGACCCUCUCGGUGGAAGGGGGGGGGAUCUCUGCAGACUGGCUUUGUUCAGGAGGUAUAGACGGGAGCCCCCGGGAGCGGCAGGGGAUGGGGCGUGCGGCCCCGGGGCUGAGCCUGCCCCGCAGCUGAGCAUCGGCCGGACCCGGCCUCCAACACGGGUCUUCAAUCACGGACGGUCUCUGCCUUCUUCUGCUUCUUCGCUUGGGGAUGGGUUGAGGGAAAAGCAAAAGCAGCCCCCCCCCCCACCAAAAAAAAAACCACAAAAAAGGAAAAAAACCCAACACCCCCCCACCCCAAACAACCAAAAAAAACCAUCAAAAACCCACCCCGGCUGCGAGUUUGGGUCAAGGGUUUGAAAAAUGAGGUUUUGAUGCUUCUUUUUUAAAAAAUAAUAAAUAAAUAAAUCGCUAAUUCAGGUGUGUAACUGGCGGUGGCACCAUCCCCGUUGGUAGGCGCAGAGCCGGAGCGGGCUGGGGGGGGCUGGAAGGGACAACCCCCACCACUCCCCCCCCCCCCCCCCCCCAAAGGCGGCGCAUCCCUGCGCGCUGCACCGCGGGGUCCCCCUGCCCCGAGACCCUCGGUCCGUCUCACUCCGAGCCCCUUCUUCCGAAAAACACCUUUUUUUUUUUUCCUUUUUUAUCUUUUCUUUCUUUUGCUUUUUUUUUUUUUUUUGCCGGCAAACACCCAGCGGGCAAAAAAAUCUCUCAGAGGGAUUUUUUUUUAAAACUAUAAAUAUUUUUUUCUUUUUGCCUGCAUAAAGACUGCAGGAUCAGACCCUAUGCAGAGAGAAUAAGGCACUUUGAAAAGAGACAGCCAUGCUCAUUCUGUUAUUUAUUCUACAUUUUUUUUUGUUGUUGUUGUUGCUAAUAAUCGAGACACGAGUAGUCUCAGCUGAUCAGUAUUAAAUCGGUGAAUCUCUGUUGGCAAUAUUUGCCAUAUAGAUUUUUUUUUUUUAGUUAACCUUUGUAAAUUUUAAACCGAUCAUGGUCUCUGUGUAAAGACAAUCCUCCAUAUGUUUUUAUAGAAAUAUAUAUAUAAUGAAGGAUUAUUCCCCUCCCUCCCCCCUCUAUUUUUUUUUUUUCGCCCUGACUUUGUACAGUUCGGUGACACCCAUUUUAAUUCUUUCUGCACUGUAUAAAAUUGUAAUUAUGUGGGUUUUUUUUUUUUCGCCCUGCCCUUUUGUGUACGUUUUGUCCCUAAAGAAAAAAAAAAAAACACCAACCCGAACGGAAAUAAAACAUGUAUGUUAUUUGUACAUGGGCUUCACGAUUGUAUGAGCAGCAAAUAAACGAGCAUGCGGUGUAACACGCGU